UAUAAACGAAUGCUAAUCACAGCCAUAAAGUGAGGUUAAUUUACUGGAAAUUUUAAACUAAAAUAAAACGAUGUUAAAAACUUGCAACAAAAUUACUUCGUUAGUUCAUCAAUUAGGAAAUUUAUUAUUAAAACCCGAAGCAGUUCUCCAUCAACAGCUACGAACCACCUUCAUUCUGAAACGGAAACAUGCGGCUCCUUUACAUAAAAAGGGCAUGCCCUUGAAGCGUUUAAGAGCCAAACAUUACAUUUACGAAUUGGUAAAAGAUACAGAUAGGGAAAAGAAACCAAACUUGGAUUUAAUUCUGACCCACUAUGUUGACAACUUAGGAAAUCCGGGUGACAAAGUUUCCGUCAAGAAUAAAUUUGCUUACGAUAGAUUGCUUUUACCCGGCCUUGCUGUGUAUGCUACACCCGAAAAUUUGGAACUUUAUAAGGACUAUAAAAGGAGCGAGGAUGAAGUUGUACACAGUUCACCUUACGCAGUAGAGACUGCAAAAGAAUUGUCGAAGAAAGUGUUAUCAGUAGUUAUGAAUAUGGAUAAUCCUUGGACGAUCCAACCUUGGCAUAUUAAAGCUUCUUUUAGAAAAUGUGGAUAUGUUAUUCCCGAAGAUGCAGUUACCCUUCCUGCUCAACCUAUCACAGGUCCAAAUAUUGAAAUGGAAGAUAAAGAAUUCUUUAUCACAGUUACAAUUAACAACUUCGAAACAGUUGAUGUGCGUUGUCGAAUUCAUCAUUGGACUACAGAUCUAGCAGCACGUUUACCGCACAUACACGAAUUUUGGAAAGAAAAUAAAGGAACUGUGUUUCCUGCCAAUGAUUCAAACUUGCCGGAGAAGGAAAUUUAAUUUCUGCGAACAACGUAGUUUAUUCUUAUUCAAUUAUAUACAAAUGUAAACAAUUAAAAUUGUGCAUCAAAAUUGAA